CUCUCUCUCACUCUUCUCCCUAUCUCACUCUUCUCCCUAUCUCUCUCUCACUCUUCUCCCUCUCUCUCACUCUUCUCCCUCUCUCACUCUUCUCCCUCUCUAUCUCACUCUUCUCCCUAUCUCUCUCACUCUUCUCUCUCUCUCACUCUUCUCCCUCUCUCUCACUCUUCUCCCUCUCUCUCUCACUCUUCUCCCUCUCACCAUCCUGUCCUCCUUCAUCCAUUUGUCCAAACUGAACAAGUCUGAAUGUCUGAACGUUCAGCUGAAGCUGUAAGUCAGGUUCUGUGAAAGUCCCUUUGGUUCUAUUUAUAUGUCCAGUUUCCUGUUUAAACCUGCCAUAUUUGUUUAUUUUGUCUUGUCCUUCCUGAUCAGGUGACAUCACUACAGUGUGGGAUGUUAUAGAGGUUUGAUGUGAUCCCUGAGCUUCCAUUCAGCCCAGAGCCCCUCACAGGUCAUCACCUCAGCACUAGCAUCACCAUGGUAACCGUGUCAGUCCUGUUCCUCCUGCUCUCAGCUUUAUUUCCUCUUUCCUGCAGUCAGUUCAUUGAGAAAUGGUCUAAUGGAGAUUGUGUAACAUUCAAAAACAUGACACAGAAUUGUCUGUCACCAGGCUUCUGUGCUGCUAUGAAGGCUAAUGGUGAAUGGGAGCUUAUUAUUUGCACAAACACAAGAAAUUUCAUGUGCUAUAAAAAAGAUUCCUCACAGUGUAUUAAUUAUCAUCUGAUCCUUGAGACUAAGACCUGGUAUGAAGCUCAGUGUUACUGCAGACAGUGCUACACUGACCUGGUCAGCAUCCAAGAGCUGGAGCAAAAUGAUAAGGUGAAGAGUGUAGGGUCAAAAAGCGUCACACCCUUCUGGAUCGGUCUGCUGUGUAAUGACUCGAAGCAGACUGAUGGAGGAAACUCCACCUGCGUAAGAUUGUCCUCAGUCUCACACUGUGAUAAUGACCCAGCUCUGUGCUACAACACUUCCAUUCAUGUGAGUGAUGUAGCUCUGAGCUGGGAGAAAGCUCUGGAUUACUGUCAGGAACAGAACAGAACUGGAUUGUUACAGAUUGAGUCUAAAGAUGACCAGGUUGAGGUGGAGAAGGAACUCAAAAGGAGGUGUGUCUCAGAGCCUGUGUGGGUGGGGCUUAGACAGAGCCAACUCUUCGGGUUCUGGAUUUGGCCCAACGGGAACGCUGUGUUUCCGUACAACAACUGGGAUGAAGGGAAACAGCCUGAACAUCAGGUCUCUCAGCACUGCGGCGCCGUCGUUCCACAGAAACACUACAAAUGGACUGACAUGAACUGUGAGGCUCAGUACAUAGCUCUGUGUCACAUCAGAUGUUCUACAGAAACACUACAAAUGGACUGACAUGAACUGUGAGGCUCAGUACAUAGCUCUGUGUCACAUCAGAUGUUCUACAGAAACCACAGAUCAUUCUCUGGGUCCUCAGGGGCCAAAGUAGUCUGUAGUCUAAAGGUGUUUUAGUUUGAAUUCUUUCUGAAGUAGGUUCUAUAGAUAUAUUUACCCCCAAGAGACCACCAUCUCUCUCUCUCUCUUUAUGUAGAUGUGAAUGUUUAAUUAAUACU